CGACCUGACGUAAUCGUCUCAGUAACCCCAGGCAUUCCAACUCCUCUGCGUUUUUUGAUGUUCAUAUAUCUCAGCGUUUCGGCCAGGCGGGUUAAAAGUGUGUGCCUACGCGAUCACGGGUGCAGUGGAUGCCGUUCUACUGGAAAAUGUAACACUGCUAUGAUGGGUGUUUUUGACAACAGCGGGAUUUCUACAUAUUUCUUUGGUGGAAUUCUCUGAGCAGUACUGACACUAUAUCGUCAUUUUAGUUUACGCGGCUCACCGUUUUCUAUGGUGUUUGGGUCGUCCGCCUGCGGAUCUCCGUGAGAACAAAACCCUGCCUGGACGGCGGAAAGCCAUUGUGCAGAAACAAAAGCGGGAGAAGCCGCUGCAGCCGCGACCAUGUCCGGGGCCUCUGUGAAAGUGGCGGUGAGAGUGCGGCCCUUCAACUCCAGGGAAACCGGCAAGGAGUCCAAGUGCAUCAUCCAGAUGCAGGGCAACUCCACCACUAUUUUGAACCCCAAAAAUCCAAAGGAACCAGCAAAGUCCUUCAGCUUUGAUUACUCCUACUGGUCACACACUUCGCCGGAAGACCCCUGCUUCGCCUCACAGUGCCUGGUUUACAAUGACAUUGGGAAGGAGAUGCUGCAGCACGCCUUCGAGGGCUACAACGUCUGCAUCUUCGCCUACGGCCAGACGGGGGCCGGAAAGUCCUACACCAUGAUGGGCAGGCAGGAGGAGGGGCAGGAGGGCAUCAUUCCCCAGCUCUGUGAAGACCUCUUUGAGAAAAUCAAUGACAACAACCAGGAGGAGCUCUCCUACUCUGUGGAGGUCAGUUACAUGGAGAUCUACUGUGAGAGGGUGCGGGACUUGCUGAACCCCAAGAACAAAGGGAACCUGCGUGUGCGAGAGCACCCCCUGCUGGGGCCCUACGUGGAGGACCUGUCCAAGCUGGCCGUCACCUCCUACACGGACAUCGCCGACCUGAUGGACGCGGGGAACAAGGCCAGGACCGUGGCCGCCACCAACAUGAACGAGACCAGCAGCCGGUCCCACGCCGUCUUCACCAUCGUCUUCACUCAGAGGAAGCACGACAGCGAGACCGACCUCUCCACGGAGAAGGUCAGCAAAAUCAGCCUGGUGGACCUGGCUGGCAGUGAACGAGCGGACUCCACAGGCGCUAAGGGGACCCGGCUAAAGGAAGGGGCGAACAUCAACAAAUCACUGACCACACUGGGGAAGGUCAUCUCUGCGCUGGCUGAGGUGGAUAACUGUACCAGCAAGAGCAAGAAGAAGAAGAAGACCGACUUCAUCCCGUACCGAGACUCCGUGCUGACAUGGCUGCUUCGGGAAAAUCUGGGUGGAAACUCCAGGACCGCCAUGGUCGCCGCUCUCAGUCCCGCAGACAUAAACUACGACGAGACCCUCAGCACACUGCGAUACGCAGACAGGGCCAAGCAGAUCAAGUGUAACGCUGUCAUCAACGAGGACCCCAACGCCAAGCUGGUGCGUGAGCUGAAGGACGAGGUCUUCCGUCUGAAGGACCUCCUGCGCGCGCAGGGGCUGGGAGACAUCCUGGACAUCGAUCCAAUGGGGGAUGAUUGCCCAGGAAGUGAAAGCAAAUGUGACAAUAUUCAUGACGUUAGAUCGAUACUAAGUUCUGAAAUUGAAGCCGCUGGUUACAAGAGGAAAGACCUGAAAGACAUACACAACAGUAAGCAUAGGUACUUGCUAGCCUCAGAGAACCAACGGCCUGGCCAUUUCUCCACAGCGCCCAUCGGCUCGCUCACCGCCUCCCCGUCCUCGGGCCAGCUCGGCCAGGCCGGGCUGCAGUCCGUCACCAGCAUCCAGGAGCGCAUCAUGUCCACGCCGGGAGGGGAGGAGGCCAUCGAGCGGCUCAAGGAAUCGGAGAAGAUCAUCGCAGAGCUCAAUGAGACCUGGGAGGAGAAGCUGAGGAAGACUGAGGCUAUCCGCAUGGAGAGAGAGGCACUGCUGGCGGAGAUGGGCGUGGCUAUCCGUGAAGACGGAGGAACUCUGGGCGUGUUCUCGCCGAAAAAGAUUUGCUCCGAACAUCCGACCUCCUUGCUUGGCGAGGGGUUCGAUUGUGUUCCCACUAACAAGCUUUUCAUAGAGAGGCCCUGUGAUCUCUAUGCUGAUUUUAACGGGGUAUUUUCCCCGAAAAAGACUCCUCAUCUAGUUAAUCUGAACGAAGACCCACUGAUGUCAGAAUGUUUGCUUUACUACAUAAAAGAUGGGAUCACAAGGGUGGGGCUGGCGGACGCGGAGAGGAGGCAGGACAUCGUCCUGAGUGGCGCCCACAUCAGGGAGGAGCACUGCGUCUUCCGCAGCGAGAGGAACCUGAACGGAGACGCUGUCGUGGUCUUGCUCAUACCGUGUGAGGGGUCGGAGACGUACGUCAACGGCAAGCGCGUGGACUCGGCAGUCCAGCUUCGCUCUGGCAACCGCAUCAUAAUGGGCAAGAACCACGUGUUCCGGUUCAACCACCCGGAGCAGGCGCGGGCGGAGAGGGAGAAGACGCCGUCGGCGGAGACCCCCGUGGAGCCCGUGGACUGGACCUUCGCCCAGAGGGAGCUGCUGGAGAAGCAGGGCAUCGACAUGAAGCAGGAGAUGGAGAAGAGACUGACUGAAAUGGAGAUUUUGUACAAGAAGGAGAAGGAGGAGGCGGAUCAGCUUCUCGAACAACAAAGAUUGGUGUAUGAGAGCAAACUGCAGGAGCUGCAGAAGCAGGUGGAGACGCGCUCGCUGGCUGCCGAGACUCCCGAUGAAGAGGAGGAGGAAGAGGAAGAAGAGGAAGUUCCAUGGACGCAGCACGAGUUUGAGCUGGCGCAGUGGGCCUUCAGGAAGUGGAGGUACCACCAGUUCACCUCUCUCAGGGACCAGCUGUGGGGCAGCGCCGUGUACCUGAAGGAGGCCAAUGCCAUCAGCGUGGAGCUGAAGAAGAAGGUGCAGUUCCAGUUCGUUUUGCUGACGGACACCCUGUACUCCCCCCUGCCCCCCGAACUGCUGCCCCCGGAGCCGGAGAAGGAGCGCGACCCUCGCCCCUUCCCCCGCACGGUGGUGGCCGUGGAGGUGCAGGACCUGAAGAACGGGGCCACCCACUACUGGUCCCUGGAGAAGCUCAAGCAGAGGCUGGACCAGAUGAGGGAGAUGUACGACCGUGCCGGGGAGAUGACCCCAUCCAGCCAGGAGGACAGCGAAGGAACCAUGACCGGGAGCGACCCCUUCUACGACCGCUUCCACUGGUUCAAGCUGGUGGGGAGCUCCCCGAUCUUCCAAGGCUGCGUGAACGAGCGUCUGGCGGACCGCACGCCCUCGCCCACCUUCUCCGCGGCGGACUCCGACAUCACGGAGCUGGCGGACGAGCGGCAGAGCGAGAUGGAGGACUUCCUGGACGACGAGGCCUUCGCGGACGACACCAGCUCCGACGCGGGCACCGAGGAGGGCUCGGACAUCUUCAGCGACGGCCAGGACCCCUUCUACGACCGCUCGCCGUGGUUCAUUUUGGUGGGAAGGGCGUUUGUGUACCUGAGUAACCUGCUGUACCCCGUCCCCCUGGUGCAUCGCGUGGCCAUCGUGACGGAGAAGGGCGAGGUGCGGGGUUUCCUGCGCGUGGGGGUCCAGGCCAUCGCAGCUGACGAGGAGGCCCCCGACUACGGGUCGGGAGUGCGACAGUCUGGCACCGCCAAGAUCUCCUUCGAUGACGAGUACUUCAAAACGAGCGACUUCUCCACAGUGGCCUUGACCCGCUCCGGCCUCUCAUUGGAGGAGCUGCGCUUUGUGGAGGGUCAAGGUCAAAGUUCGGAGGUCAUCACACCCUCGGAGGAAAUGAAUAGAAUUAACGAAAUGGAUCUGAAGCGGGGCAACGCGGACCCCAAGGUGGGCCUGUCGGAGGGGCUGGGGGGGCACCUGGAGGUGGGCAGCAUCUUCACCUUCCGCGUGACCGUGCUCCAGGCCAGCGGCAUCCUGCCCGAGUACGCCGACAUCUUCUGCCAGUUCAACUUCCUCCAUCGCCAUGACGAAGCCUUCUCCACUGAGCCCCUGAAGAACACCGGGAAGGGCAGUCCGCUGGGCUUCUACCACGUGCAGAACAUCGCGGUGGAGGUCACCGAGUCCUUCAUCGAGUACAUAAAGACCAAGCCCAUCGUGUUCGAGGUGUUCGGACACUACCAGCAGCACCCUUUGCACCUGCACGGGCAGGACCUCAUCAGGCCACCUCAGCCUUCCAGGAAAUACUACCCCCCACCCAUGCCCCUGUCAAAACCAGACCACGCCAGAAAGAUUGAGUUGAUUAGGUACCUGAUGAGCGGGUACGUUCACGGGCAGGUGCUGGACACGCUGUCCGAGCACGCCAACGCCCUGGCGUCCUCCGCCGUGGCUAGCCUCGAGGACGGCGCCGACCAGCCGGCGCACUUCCCCUUCCUGCCCGUGCCCACGGGUCCCGCCAUGACCGUGCCCAGGCACCACGUGCCGGCCACCAAACUGAACACCAUCAGCAAGUCUAACCUGGGCCAGUGGGUCAGCAAGUACGACCUGCUGGUGUGGUUCGAGAUCAGCGAGCUGGAGCCCACAGGAGAGUACAUCCCAGCAGUUGUGGACCACACCGGGGGCCUACCCUGCCAUGGGACCUACCUUUUGCACCAGGGUAUCCAGCGGCGGAUCACGGUCACGCUGAUCCACGAGAAGGGCAGCGAGCUGCACUGGAAGGACGUGCGGGAGCUGGUGGUCGGUCGGAUCAGGAACAAGCCGGAGGUGGACGACACUGCAGCCGAUGCUGUCCUGUCCCUCAACAUAAUCUCAGCCAAAAACAUCAAGUCAUCUCACAACUCCAACAGACUUUGUCUUGAUAAGGAUAUUGCUAGGACUUUCUACCGGUUUGAGGCUGUGUGGGACAGCUCCUUGCACAACUCACUCCUUCUGAACCGUGUCACUCCCUACGGAGAGAAGAUCUACAUGACCUUGUCUGCCUAUCUGGAGCUGGACCACUGCAUCCAGCCCGCCAUCAUCACCAAAGACAUCUGCAUGGUGUUCUACUCCAGAGACGCCAAGAUCUCCCCGCCUCGCUCCCUCCGGAGCCUGUUCGGCAGCGGCUACUCCAAGACCCCGGACUGCAACAGGGUGACGGGAAUCUACGAGCUGAGCCUGUGCAAGAUGGCUGACACAGGAAGCCCAGGCAUGCAGCGACGGAGGAGGAAGGUGCUGGACACGUCUGUGGCGUACGUGAGGGGGGAGGAGAAUUUGGCGGGUUGGAGGCCCAGGGGGGACAGUCUAAUUCUGGAGCACCAGUGGGAGCUGGACAAGCUGGAGCAGCUGCAUGAGGUGGAGAAGACGCGCCACCUGCUGCUGCUGCGGGAGAAGCUGGGCGAGGCGGCGGCCAAGUCGCUGAGCGACUCGCUGUCCCCGAGCGCCAGCAGCGGCACGCUCAGCACCUCCACCAGCAUCUCCUCCCAGAUCUCCAGCGCCACCUUCGAGAGCGCCCUGACGCCCAGCGAGAGCAGCGGCUACGACUCGGCCGACAUCGAGAGCCUGGUGGACCGCGAGAAGGAGCUGGCCACCAAGUGCCUGCGGCUCCUGACUCACACCUUCAACAGCGAGUACAGCCAACUGUGCAGCAGCAUCAGCGACUGCAAGCUGUCGGACAUCUCCCCCAUGGGGCGCGACCCGUCCGUGACCAGCCUGAGCAGCGCCACCCUCACCCCCUCCUCCACCUGCCCCUCCCUGGCCGAAUCCCGCUGCAGCUCCAUCGACCAGAAGACCCCCGAGGCGAACUCCCGCGCCACCAGCCCCUCCUGCUCGGACUACGAGAACUUCCCCAUGGUGGCCAACGUGGAGACGUCCUACCUGGCCCGGGCCGGCAAGAACGAGUUCCUCAACCUGGUGCCCGACAUCGAGGAGAUGAGGCCCGGGUCGGUCGUGUCCAAGAAGGGCUACCUCAGCUUCAUGGAGCCGCGCUCCAACUCCUGGGUGAAGCACUUCGUGGUGGUGCGCCGGCCGUACGUCUUCAUCUACAACAACGACAAGGACCCCGUGGAGAGGGGCGUGCUCAACCUGUCCACGGCCCAGGUGGAGUACAGCGAGGACCAGCAGGCCAUGCUCAAGACUCCCAACACAUUUGCUGUGUGCACAAAACAUCGAGGAAUACUUCUGCAAGCCAAUAACGACAAAGACAUGAAUGACUGGCUGUAUGCCUUCAACCCACUGCUGGCAGGAACCAUAAGGUCCAAGCUGGCGAGGAGGCGAUCCGGCAUGUUGAAGAAGUGAGAGAGGCGUCUCGUCCCCCAGCGUAGGAAGCAGCGCUCCUGUUCUUCUCACAGAGCCUUUGAACAUACCGAGUGUUAACUCUUACUAAUCUUUGUGACUAUUGACGGUUUUCUCUUGUACGUAGACCUGUGGCUUAAGUCUCCUCUCAAGCAACUUGAGCUCAAGUUCCUGAAAACCUGCGCCCACGACCCUACCCCAAACCUCUCCCCCUCUCUCCCUCUCUCGCCUAGCCUCUUGUGUUUUCUUCCAAUUCGUCCCUUCCUUUUGUUUUCUUUUGUCAUACCUAGUUGCAUGUUGUAAAGCAGUCUGUGCAUGAUUCUUCAGAACAGUUCUCCUCUCCACGCACUUUGAGUUACUAAGUGUCUGUAAAAAAAAAUUGUCCUUUAUUCAGUGUUAAGUCAGGAACUUUUCUUGUGCCCGCAUAGCAAGAGCAACAAUCCUCAGGAGAAGGGCGGGUUUGCUUACAGAUCUGACGCAAGCGUUAAAGGCGGGGUCCAGCAAAUGCACGCUCAGUGAGCGUCGCCCGAUUGCCAGCUGCAGGACAGUCAGCCUGUUUUUAACCGACGCCGAGAGGCGGCUUACAGACAUGGACUUCUGUCCGUUAAUGAACAGAAUUUCCAUCUGGUUUUUCAACGAUGUAUUAUUACCGAAACAGGUCAAAAUAGUUCUUUGAAAAAAAUGUGUAAUGGGUGUAACAUGACUUUUCAACUAGGGAUCCCUAAGCAAAUUUGAAAAAAAAAUUAAAUAUUAAUGUAAAUAUAAUAUUAAAUUUUAGCUCACUUGCAGUAAUUAUCAAUAUAAACCAAAUUGCAAAUAAUGAGCUUGCUAUAGCUAACACAUACUUUAUUUACAUAUGUGAGCUACAGCAACAUCCUGUGCAGGUUACAUGUUUGCCAAGAGGGGUGGGGUGGGGGGGGGGGUGUUCCUGUGGUCUGUGACCCUCUGGAGCAGGUCCUGGCUUAAAAAAUGUAGAAACCCCCUUCGCUAGAUGAACCACUGUGUCAAAAGAGGACAAAAGGUGAUUGAUUCCUUUCCCCUCUGUCUGGUACCUGUAUGUACUGUUGAGUACUUUCUGUCAGUGCUGUGUAACAUUAAAUGACAUUAAAUGACACUAUAUUGAUAUAGUGUCCAGCAUGAACGGUAACAUUACAGAAAAAAAGGCAUAUUAAAUUUGCCGAGUGAAUCGUAUGUUCUUUGACAGUUUUUAGGCAUCCAGUGUAAGUUACUGACAGAUUUGAUGGCUGAAGAAUAUAUAAAGAUGUUUCUGUUUUGGUCAGAAAAUGCAUGAUUGGCCAACAAAUGGGCUUGUGUGGAAACAUCUUAUAGAAUGCCCUUGCAGGAUGAGAUGGGAAUUGAGGCUUUCUUCGUGAAGAAGGCUCUCCAUUGCCCUGUCCUUGAAUGCUCCAGCAGGCAGGACGCAGUGUGGACCAGUAACAGACUGGUGAUCCUCCGGGGGGGGGGGGGCAAACUUAGUGAUGGGAUGCCUACACCUGUCCCUCAAUACCUGGAUUAAAGUGAUCUGAUGUGUCUGUUAUGACCUUGUUAAUUAUUUGAUGAAGGUACUCUUAACUGCAGUAUGGUCAUGAAUCUCAGGUUCCUGAUUCAGGCCGUCAGGCAGGCUAUUACUGGUUCUCUUGGGUGCUGUAAGGUGAUGUAGGGUAGGGCCAGAUUCAUACUCCGUUUUAUGGCAGUUGGACAUCAGCAUUAUGAAGAUUAUGCACCCUUGAUGCUACCUUUUCUCUUAACCCUAUUCAUUCUGAUUACGCCAUCUUUUAUUAUUAACGUUUUUUGUACCUCCCAUCAUGUUGUUUUGCACAGACAUGAAUGCAUGUGAAGGGUGGAUCAUGCCAGCUAACAAUGCUCACGUUUGUGUUUUGCACAUUUACGUUCUUGAUUGUAUGGAACAGAUUGAAGUAUCAAGGAACUGUGCAAGUAAAGCCUGGUAUUUACAUUUGCUGCUUGUGCAAGCACUGGUGGAACCUAUGUUCAGAUUUAACGGUGGGAUUUCCGAUAUGUACUGUAGUGUGUCAUGGGAGACAAAGGGAUGAAAAAUGCUCUGAAUCUUUUUUUUUUCUUUCUUUUUUUAAAUUAUCAGAUAUUUAUGAAACUCUUUGCUCUCACUGAUCUAGCUCCUCUAACGGCAUUAAAUUUCUGAAGUGGAGAGGGAGUGACUGGCGUAACUGAGUGCGUCUCUUCUGCGAGGUCGUGUUACGGUGACGUUUUCUCAUUGAAGUAUGCAAACCAAUGAGAUGCAGGACCCCCUGGCCAUCCAACCAGUAGGGGCCUGUGCUGAAACACAGUGGAAGGACGUAGUCUCUGUAUAGGCUUUUGAAACCAAGGAACCAAAGGUCACUGUUGCUCCCGUUCCUCCCUCUGCAUUCCACUGUAGAAGAGCCAAAAUGGCUGCCCAUGGAGGAGACUCUGUUUCCUUCCGUAGGCCCUUGGAUUUCUGAGAACAGUUGAACAGGCACGGAAUAAAAAAGAUUCUUUGUCUCUGAGGUCAGCCAGCCUCAAGAGCAAAGACUGAACUUCAGAUGGAAUCUGUUGCAUUUGUCACCCGAUGUCUGUUAACUGUUUGAAGAAAUCCACACUGCAAACUCCAAAUCUUUUCGAAGGAAAUCGUUUUAUUACCUUCCUGCACAAGUUAUUUGCACUGUUACUUUUUUUGUUACUAUAUGCACACAUGGUUGAACUAUGAAGUGUCUGAGGGAAAAUGUACGGAUCUAUUAACUGUCAGUGCAGGUGUUCUUUUUGAGUUGCUUGUUUACUAAAGUUUAAUUAUCAGUUGUUUCAUCGCUUGUAUAUAUUAAGUUUGCAUCUCUUUGCACACAGUGAAAGGGUAUAAAACCAACUGGCCAAUGAAGGUCAUCACAGCAUUUCAGCAAUUCCACAAGAGGUUUGUGGCCAAAGGAAGUGCGUCUCAGAUUUGUCACUGGAAGCAUUUAAAGUUCCUGGGAGAAGGGGUUUUGAUUCUGUACUAUGUAGACUUGUAUGCACACAAGAAUAGCAGAUACAAGUAAGAAAAGAAUUAUAAUCCAAAAAAAGGCUUUUAAUUCAGAUAAUUUUUAUUCUAGUUCAUUUUAGGCCAUCUCAUUUCUAGUGUAGUUUAAAAUGAACUUGGUUCAUCAUUAAACGACAGACACUUCAGACAUAAUACAGUGAUAGCCUGGUUCUGUGCUAUAUAAUUAUGUUGAUGUAGGCCUAUAUUAGGUUUUUGGGUGUUGUUUUUUUUUUUUUUUUUAAUCGGGUAGUACCUUUCAACAUAAUUUGAGACCAGCUAUGGCUGAGGCUUUCAAAAAAGAGCAGCUUACCAGUUUAUUAAGGACUUUUCACCCCCUCAAUACUGUCCACCCUGCCUUUGAAGCAAAGCUAACACAAAAAUGAUACCACCUCCCUUCUGAUAGGGACAUGUCAUUUUAAACUACCUGUUGACAUUCCCUCUGUUGUCUUUAGUAGACAAAGCAAACAUUAAUACUGUACAUUAUUUGACAGAUUGGCAUCAUUUUCAUACUGAUUUUGUAAAUAUAUGUGUUGUAUGGAGCUCAAAUUAAAAUGUAAAUAUGUUUCAUGUAUUUGUAAUAAUUAUAAUCCAUUCGCUGUAUAGCCUAGAUGUGUCAUGCAGAUCUCUUAAUUCUGUGUAUGGUAAUCUUGCACCAUUGAACUGUUUAGUUUAGUGAAUGAAGUAACAAUAAAAGUACAUCCAGUGCAUUAGCAAAAAA